UCAGAAGAAGACCAGCAAACAAAGUUUAGAAAAGCUGCAGAGGAAUUCGAAAACAGAAAAUGUUGUGAAAACGAAACCUGUACCCAAUAUAAAAAAACACCCUCCACGACAAGACUUACUGCAAAAGAAAAUGAAUGA